CAAAGGACAGAGGGGAGAAGCCCCAAGGGGAAGUGGUAACCGGGGGGACAAGCAGGAAGGCAGCAGAGAUCACCACGUCCCCCCAGGAGACCCCCCGGGCAUGAAAUUUGUAACUUGGCCUGGAGUUGUCAGGGACCUACAGAAAGACUGCUGAGAGCAAAGGCUGUGGGCACCCCCAGGAGCUGUUCUGCUACAGGGCAAGUCAGUUGAGUUCACCCAUGCCUUGGCAGGUGAGCAAUUCCCAGAGAGCUUGGGAGCAGACGCAUUGUAGAGUUCUUCUACCAUUGCUUCAGUCACUUGGAAUUGACUGGAUUUGGCUACUUCUGUCCCUGGGGGUCUCCUAAAUGUGCCAUGAUCUCGAGCUGCAAGCAGCCUGCUGUGAGGGGUGGAGGUCCCUUCCCGCGAGCACUGCGAGAGACCUCUGCAGACACCUUUCUGACAGCUUACAUCCAUUCCAGAUCCCAGAACAGGUCUUGGGUGCCUAAUGACUCCUCCAUGCAUCUCAUUCUGGAAACGACAGCGAGGCCAUGCAGCGUCCGGCUGGGCCACGCAGCUCCUCUCCGCUCUAAAGAAGGGCAUCUGAGCCACAGUUUGGCAGCAGCGAGCACGGGUUUCCUAUCUGAAGCGGAACUGUUGUACAGAAACAUCAGCAUGUUUUGCAGUCCACACAGUAGGUGGACUGGAGGGCAGACACUCAUACACCUUUAAACUGUGAUAAGGAGCAUAUUAUUACCCCGCUGGUGGCCUAGUCAGAUAAGUUGUUUGUGGAGGACAGUCUGCGUUUCUUUCAAGCUCUCAUUCUGCUGCACCAGUAACAGAUUACAUUCCCAAGGAAAUCAGCCGCUUCUUAUUUGACACUGCAAAGAGCGAUGGACAGCUUAGGGAGAGACCACGAUUAUUCCAACACUUCUCUGCCUUCCUCCACAGCCCACGAGGAGAACGCUGAGCCAGGUUCCACCAUGUUGCGCCGCUUGAGAGACCGGGAGCUGCUCCGGAAGAGAAAGGCAGAAGCCGAGGAGAAGGAUUCAAUUCAGUGGGCUCUGGGGGAGCACGAGAGAAGCAAACGGCAGAGGAGAAGCCACGGUGCCAGGCGAGGAAAGGGCCGUGCGCAUGUCAUGGAGCCCGCACCACAGCCAAAACCACAGCCAAACCCUCAGCCCCCGAAGAGGGAGGAAGCUGAGAUGGUGUCCUCCACGGCGAUGCAGCAGGCCGAGUCUUCCCAGAUGGACAUGCAGGACCUGUUUGCUGGUGUGCAGCUGGCAGAUCUGGAAGGGAUACUGGCCUCGGGGAGCCAGAGUCCUCUGGGUGAAGAGGAUAUGCUGAAGCUGGCAGAUGAAAUACAAGAGGUACUGAAUACUUCGCUGGAAAGGAACGAGUCAGAUAAUGACAUGUAUUCAUCAAGCCUAUUUUGAAGUUUUAUUUAAAUAUAUAUAUAUAUUCUUCCAGUUUUUAUGACUAAGAAAUACUGAAAACCCUUGCGGAGAGACUUAAAGUUGCUCCUUCCUCAGGAACAAUA